GCCACAUAGCCCCAGCCCGUCCCGGACGACGUCCGGGGUCUGCUGGGACCCUCGGCUUCAGGAACUGAGCAGCGGCGACACCGGGUCCAUGGCCACCGCGGCGGCUCCGUCUUCGCUGGCGCUCCGGGCCUGCAGCCCUGCCGCGGCCCCCAGCUCGUACGGGGUCUUCUGCAAGGGGCUCUCCCGCACCCUGCUCGCCUUCUUCGAGCUGGCCUGGCAGCUGCGCGUGAAUUUCCCGUACUUUUACAUCGCGGGCUCCGUGCUCCUCAACAUCCGCCUGCAGGUACACUUCUAGUGCGGAGACUUCGCCGCUGCCAUUGCGUAGGAUCAUGGCGGACUCCCAGGAGCCCCGGCGCCGCGGAGGUCUCGCGAGAGUGCUGGGCGUGGCCCGCGGCUGCGCACUCGGUCCUCAGCCGGACUCCGGGGCCGUCGCGGGGUCCGGGCAGGGCUGGCUGCUAGAAGUGCGUGAACUUGGUUCCGGCCACUUGUGUACAGAGACUCACGCCCGUAUUUAAGCCGAACGUUCUUAAAAACUGGACGAACAGACUGCAUUAUUUUAGAAGAAGAAAGACUGUACAGAUAUUCAGGGAAAAAACUUAUGUACAACAGGCUCAAGGUCCAAAUUAAAUGAGUGUCGGGACUUGGUUUGGAUCGGAUUGUAAGCAGACACUGAAUAAGAAGCCGCAGAUCUUCGGGGUUGGUUGGGAAAGUCAUCUCUUCAUUCCUCCGGAGGAAACAGUGACAGAAACUUUUAGGGAAAACAACGCAAAGACGGUACAGGAGUCGCAUCCUUCAGAUAUCAAUUUUUGAACCGAGGGUUGGGUUUUGAGAGGGUCGGAGGGUAAGAAAGUGGACUUUUGCGGUGUCCCUGGGAGUAGCACAAACUGCAGACCCAGGAGCCAAAGACAAGGCAGCUCAGUCUUAAGCACACAGCAGGGCUGUUUGGUGGAUAACAUUAGAUAUUCAUCAUAGUGUAAAUGCUGUUUAUGGUUUUCACCUUUUUAAAAGAAUUAUGCUUACAAAAUAGAAUGCAAGUGACAUCAGCCUUUGCAAAGUAAAAGUAGACUUUGCUGGUAGUGACCUUGAAAGGGGAGUGGUGAGAAGGUGAAAGGGUCUGUAGUUGAUGGGGGAGGGGCAUCCUAUUAUUCAACGAUAGCCAUAAAGUUGCUAAAAUAGUAAUAUAAUUACAUUUAAAGAGAAAGGAGUAGAGGAGAGACCAGCAUGAAAACAACAUGCCUAAAGAUGGAGAGUUAAAUGUCUCAAAAAAAUAAAAAUAGUAGACUCUCUGGUAUGUUUAUAUGUGAGUCAAGAGGUUUUUAAUGUUUCAGAGGUUCUGCAGAUAAAUUAGUGGCUUGCAGACCUUUUUUUAAAUUAAGGAAACAACGCUGAGGCAACUAUAAACCCUAGGAAAAGUGAAAGGUUGCCAACUGUGAAUAAUAAUAGCUGUAUAAAGCUGGUCAUGAUUAUGGAAACAUUGAAUACAAAUGUAACAAAUCCGUAGGUAAUUUGGGGACUGGAAAGGAGAGAUAUGUAUAAUGGGGGAGACUCAAGAUCUACAACAGAAAAGUCAAUUAAACUAUAUAUGAUUUAGGGGGGAAAACUCAGUUAAAAGUGGUUAUCUUGAAGAAAGAAAAUCAGGGAUGGGUAGAGAAGAGCAGGGACCGCUGCAGCUUUUCACUACCAGACUAGCACUAUUUGACUUUUCUUUAAGUAGAAGUUAGUUCAAAUAAGUUUCAAUUUUUUUUCGAAGUUCUCCAGAUAAUUCAACUUUACACCAUUGGUAUGGGUCAGCAGGGUGAAAUUGAGUUUUUAAAUCAGGGAGAUCUCUGUUAAAAUAUGAACUCUUAAUUGUGUAGUCUUGGGUGGGUGAUGCCAUUCAUCUGCCUAAACCGGUUUCCUCCAUUAACUGAAGUAAAAUGCCCACUUUGAAAGGUGAGGAUUAGCCUGCCUUAGUGCUUCAUAUGACAGUACCCUUCAUAUGUGAGUAAAACUGAAAACUCUUAUGAAAUGCCUGUUCUUACAGAGAUUUAACGGAGAUAUGUAGGGUACUGACAUGAGCUAUGAAGACAUUGCAGGAAGAUUUUUGGUAAAACAUUUGCACAAAGAGUGGCAGUUAUUUGCUGCGGUGAAGAUUUAAACUAUUAACAGUGUUCUAUAUUACGAAUUGUGUCCAACAAAGAAAUACACCCCAGGGCCAAAUAGCUAGUGCCCACUCCAGCACCAUGUCUGGAUGUGGGUAAUUAAUUGUUCUUUCCUUUUCUCCAGCCAGACUAUUGAGCACUUUCUACUUAUUCUUGCCCGCGCCUUUUUGCCUUUUUUGGCUUCUGGUUACUCAUGUUUGCUUGUUCUUUGCUCUGUCAUCAGCCUGGAGCAUCGCCUAAUGCAAAAUAGAUCAUAAAAAUUAUUGAAUGAAUGCCAAAUUAGUUGUUUUUUCCUACACAUAGUAGCUGACAUGUCACUUUUUCCAUUAAGAUUUUCUGAGCUGCCUCUGACCAGAAUAGACUUCAUUGCUUUUAAUCCAUCCAAGGACUGUGUCACUUACACUUAGUGGUGCAUUCAUUAUCAGAUCGGGAGGGUUUUUUUGAUUGGAUGGGAGACACAUUUCCCAGACUAUCAUCUCUUCCCGUGGUAAUUGCAUAGUGCUGUGAUUGAGUGCAGAAACUAAAACAUCUUGAUCUAAAAUACCAGAAAUAUGAUUUGAUCGCAGUGCCAAGGAGCAUACAAACGGGGUGGAUGGCAUCACUGUUUCCUAAAGCUACUAAAGCUGCAUUUGCAACAUAAAAGACCCCACCCGUAGCUCCCUUUAAGCUGGCGUGGGGAGAUCCAGGUGCUCCUUUUAGGUGGCUGCCUGAAAUCUGGUGUUUUCAGCCUUUUUCCUCUUAGCAGUAUUUUACUACACCGAAGAAACCUAGGCACUUUAUCACUUUAUUGAACUUAUUUAUCAUAUCCUCCAAUUAGAUUGGAAGCUCUGUGAGUGAAGAUACUGUAUCAUAUCCAAUUUUACAACCUGUAUAUCAGGAAAUGUAUAGUAGAACCUGAAUGAAAGAAUGAAGCUCUGUGACUUAACCAUUUAUCCUUCAUAUAGUUCUGAAACCUAAGUGUGUGUUUUUCUUCUGAUGUGAUAGAACUCAAUGAACUUUCCCAGCAUCGUUGGAAAGCAAGAAUUGUGCCCUGACCAGUUAUUCUAUAAUUUGCUAGUUAUUGUAUUCCUCUUGACAUCCUUCCAGGUAACAUCCAUGAAGUUUCCAAAGACUUUGCUUGUUCUUUGCUCUGUCAUCAGCCUGGAGCAUCGCCUAAUGCAAAAUAGAUCAUAAAAAUUAUUGAAUGAAUGCCAAAUUAGUUGUUUUUUCCUACACAUAGUAGCUGAUAAAGAAAAUAAAGCUGUGUUUGGGCAUGAUA